GUAAUAUAGUUACUAUAAAGAGCAUCUCUCGGGCUUGAGAUAUCUCCAGUUUGGUACCAACCAACAGACUUAAGGGUUCGAUGUUUUCGAUUCAGCGUAACGCUACCCGACUAUAUCCCACAGGUUUAAGUAUCGUCAAAAUGAGUCAGGUUGGUGAUUUAGGUUCCGGUGCCGGCAAAGGAGGUGGCGGCGGUGGUUCUAUUCGAGAGGCUGGUGGCUCUUUCGGCAAAAUGGAAGCAGCCCAUGAGGAAGAAUAUUUCUACAAACAACAGCGGGAGCAAUUGGAACAAAUCAAAGCAAAGACUGAAGAAAGCACCAGGGGAGAUACAAAGGGACAGACUAGUGGCAAAAAGUGAAGUUUUUGAAAUUAAAGCUAAUU